UGCUUAAGGAACACCGGGAGACAGACAGCAGGUGCUGGGGUACGCCAAAGAGAGAAAGAUGUCUUCAGAUAACCAGUGGUCAGCAGAUGAGGAUGAAGGUCAAUUAUCCCGACUGAUCAGGAAAUCUAGAGAUUCCCCCUUUGUGCCUGUAGGGAUAGCAGGCUUUAUGACUGUGGUGUCCUAUGGUCUUUACAAGUUAAAGUACAGAAGAGAUCAGAAAAUGUCCAUUCACCUUAUUCACAUGAGAGUUGCUGCCCAAGGAUUUGUUGUCGGAGCUGUGACUCUAGGUGUUCUCUAUUCUAUGUAUAAGGAUUACAUUAGACCUCGAUUCUUCAAUGUGUCCAAAAAAUGAAGCUACAUACAAAAAUGACAAGAAGGCUUCUGAAAACUAUUAUGAAGAAUGAAUUUUCAAUAUAUAGCAAAUUCUACUGCAGAAGUAUUAGAAUUUUCAUAGCCUUGUACAGUAAGUCUCAAUUGUUUAAGAAAUUGAUUUCCAAAGCUACAAUCAUAGUCAACUCAAAAA